UCCAUAGAAGCAGCAGAGCAACAUAAGUGUUGGUUUGUCGUUGAUGAAAAUUCAAAUUUCUUCUAGAAGUUAUUUACCUUUUUAAUAGAUGGAUAGAAAAGGUUUUUCGUGUGAAGUUAAGCUUGAUAUUCACUUGGUCUCAUGUCCUGGCACAAGACAUCUCUCGAAUAGAAAUAUGCUCUUCCUUAGGAUAUCGCUUCUUAACUCCUCUAAGCGGACAAAAUCUGUUUAUGCAUCAUUCCCUUUGAUAUUCAAUGAGAGACUAUACUAUGAAAAGACAUAUGUGAAUGCAAGAGAACCAGAUCAAGUAAUGGAAAUGUUAGAAGAUGAAAACGUUACCAUUGAAUUGUUACAAUAUUCUGAACGUCGUCAAGGUGGUAAACUUCUGGCAUUUUAUGAAGAAAGUUCUAGGAAGUUUUUAUUUCCUGAUAAAACACUCACUAAAAAAGAUGGUCUUGAUCGGGAAAUUCUUCUCAGUAGAACAGCAAAAUUCCAGGGUAUCAAUCCUAAAUUAGAGUUUUCAACAAGUACAACUAUGCAGGAAGCCAGAGUUUCAACAUCUUUACAUCGAACUUUGCUGGAAAAUCCUCCUUUUUUGCCACCUGACAAUGAAAUACAACAUCAAAGUGAUUCCUCCACCUCUGAACAGGAAGAAGAAACAGUUCCUAUUAUGCAUUCAACACGUGUACAAACUCCCAAACCUGUUCAUUCAAAAACCCCAAAGCGCACUCAAAAACACUGUGUUUGUGAAUGCCCAAGACGACCUGAAAAUAAUGGUGAAGUUGUCGUAAAAUCAAGAUCAUUAUCUCCAAGAUUAAAACGUUCUUUACGUCGGAGAUCUGGUGAUCCUAAGCCUCCAUUCAAGACAGGAAAAGCUGAUGAAAGUAUAAUAUCACGUCGUGAUUUCCCUCCUAGUCCCAGCAUGAAACGUAGAGCUAAGAUGAGAAGCAGUUUACCAAGUACACCAUUACCUGCUGAUGGUGAUCCUUUACCCUGUCAGGAUUGCCGAGUACCUCACAAAGAUUGUUUAGUCUGUCAAGCGUAUUUCAAAGUGUAUGGCAAUGAAUUUCUGCAAUAUCGCUUUGGACCAGACCGCCAACUACGCUCCGCUUCCACUCCAUCUCUGGCAAUGUAUCAGACACCAGCUCGUGCUAGGCUCCCUGGCAGCGCGCCUACGUCGGAUGACGUAGCAUACAGUCGACCACUUUCUGAAAGAAAGAAAAUCUUUCAUGCGGAAUCUGAAGGAUACAGUUCUUAUAAAGAGUCCUCAUCGAAUUCUGAUGAAAUGCAUGAAAGAGUCAAGAAAUUGUUGGCGAAAACCAAAGUAUACUCAAAUGGCUAUAGUAGUUCUUCAGACGUGGAUUCAGAUCAAGAUAGCUUAUUUUCUUUGCAGGAAUUGAGGUCUGAGAUAGACGACGCAAGAGAAGAAGCCCUAAAUCGUUCCUAUGACGAUCCGGAAAACCCAUCUCUUGGUGUUAGACUUGAUCGGAGUAUCACAGUUCCUCUAGAUGACAACGAAUAUUGGUCCAAUAAGAAAUAUUUGUACACUGGUCUUGACCAUCGUCAAACAUUUGAUCAAUCACUGCAGACAAUCUAUCAUGAUCUGUAUAAUAAAGCUACCCAAGUUAGACCCUAAACCCCCGAAUUUGAAGUGUCCGGGUUAUAUGAAUGAAGACUUUAUGACCAGACUCGCAGCUUUUAGAUAGCUGGAGAAAUUUUUAUCAUCUUCGUAUAUUGGAUAGACUGACAGUUGUAUCUUAAAGAUUGACCUUUUUAUCGUUAUAUUAUAUAUCGACCCUUUGUUUAUUCGUGCCUGAGCAUUAGCCAAUAAACGGUGUCGGUGCUCUGCUAGGUAGUUAUUAAUAUAGGCGAUUAUUGUUGAUGUACAAUAACCUGGUUGUGUUAAUAACU